AAACAUGUACGUCUAUGUUCUUUUUUAGUCUGUGCUUUUAUUUAGCCAUGUGAUAUUAUUCUAUUUUGCAACAAAAAUCUCGUGAAUUUGUGCAGUUAUAUUUAUUAAUCGACAUGACUGACCAAACAGCAUCAAAAAUGGAAUCAGAAAAUAUAAAUGUGGAAGAAUUCCUGCCUGCAAAGAAGACAGUGAAGCUGAAAAACAUAAAACGAAGGGCAGUGUCUGAAUCUGGCGAUGGCAUGGAAAUUGAAGAAUUUAAUGGGAUUCAAGGGAAAGCUAAACACAGUCGGUCGAGGCCUAAGAAGAAGAAGAACUCUGAGCCAAACGAGUCUAAAGAGAAUCUGAGAAAAAUCGCAGUUCCAGCACACAGAUACACUCCUUUGAAAGAGAACUGGCUGAAAAUCUUUACUCCUAUCGUGGAACACUUACUUCUACAAGUGAGGUUUAAUACAAAGACUCGUAAUGUUGAAAUAAAGGUUGGGCCUGAAACAAAAGAUAUUGCCAAUCUGCAGAAAGCUGCAGAUUUCGUUAAGGCUUUCAUCUAUGGAUUCGAAGUUGACGAUGCCCUUGCCCUACUCAGAUUGGAUGAUUUAUUCGUAGAAUCGUUCGAAGUUAAAGAUGUAAAAACAUUAAACGGUGACCAUUUAAGUCGCGCCAUCGGCCGCCUUGCGGGCAAAGCUGGCCGCACAAAAUUCACCAUAGAGAAUGUUACUAAAACUAGAAUAGUGUUGGCAGACUCAAAAAUUCAUAUUCUUGGCAGUUAUCAGAAUAUCGCGUUGGCGCGAAGAGCGAUAUGCAACCUCAUUAUGGGUUCGCCUCCAUCUAAAGUCUAUGGAAAUUUGAGAAAUGUUGCCAGCAGGGUCGCGGAGAGAUUUUAGUUUGUAAAUAAAAGCUU